CAGAAUGUUCCCAGUAGUGAGUAAGAAGGGGAUUGGUUGAGCUCUUUUCCUUCUUUGCAGCAAGGCAAUAAAUUUUUAAUAGGCCCUGAUAUUCUCAGAAUGUUCAAGAGCCAAGAUGAAAGAUUUGCUUUCAUUGCAGAAUGGUAUGAUCCAAAUGCUUCACUUUUUCGGCGUUAUGAACUUUUGUAUUACCCAAAAGAUGGAUCAGUGGAAAUGUAUGACAUGAAGAAUCGCUGCAGAUUCUUGAAUCGCACUAAAUAUGAAGAUCUGCAUUUUAAAGAUCUGUUUGUGGGCAACAAAAUUACUAUCUUCUCGCGCCACCUCAAUUUGGUGGACUAUGGGGAUCAAUAUACUUCCCGCAUGUUGGGCAGUUGCAAAGAAAGAACCUUGGCAUUAUUAAAACCAGAUACAGCACUCAAACUUGGAGAAAUCAUUGAUAUGAUUAUUAAUUCUGGUUUUACAAUAACAAAGGCUAAAAUGGUGAAACUUACAAGGGGAGAAGCAAUGGAUUUACACGCAAACCAUCAAGCUAAGCCUUAUUACAACGAGCUUCUUGAGUUUAUUACAAGUGGUCCUGUUGUUGCCAUGGAGAUUUUGGGAGAUGAUGCCAUAAGUAGAUGGAAACAAUUAUUAGGACCUGCAAACUCAGUUGUGGCCCGAACUGAUGCUCCAAACAGCAUUAGAGCAUGUUUUGGAACUGACAACAUAAGAAAUGUGGCUCAUGGCCCUGAUUCCUUUGCCUCUGCUGCUAGUGAGCUGGAAUUAUUCUUUCCUUCCAGUGGAGGCCAUGGACCUGCAGGCACUGCAAAGUAUACACAUUGUACCUGUUGUGUUAUUAAACCUCAUGCAAUUAAAGAAGGUCUGACUGGGAAGAUUAUAAAAGCAAUUCUUGAUGGAGGGUUUGACAUCUCAGCCUUGCAGAUGUUCUAUAUGGACCGUGCAAAUACAGAAGAAUUCUAUGCAGUCUACAAAGGUGUUGUUGCUGAAUAUUCUGAGAUGGUUGUAGAGCUCUGCUCAGGACCUUGUAUUGCUCUAGAGAUUCGGCAGGUAGAUCCUGAAAAAGUAUUCAGAGACUACUGUGGGCCUUCUGAUCCUGAAAUAGCCCGCUAUCUCCGUCCUGGCACCCUCCGUGCGCUCUUUGGUAAAAACAAGAUCCAAAAUGCUGUUCAUUGUACAGAUUUACCAGAGGAUGGUCUUUUGGAGGUCCAGUACUUCUUCAGUAUCUUAGACAACUAAUAGAGCACUGUGGAGCAAAACCGCAUAGAAAAAACAAACUGCAGAAUGGGAAAUGUAUGUUUGUUCAUUUAUUGUCCAGUGUUUAACCUGAAUGAAAUACAAGGCCAACAAGAGCACUGAACCCCUGGCUGUUACAUACAUUAGAACAUGGAGUUUUGCACUGUAGACAACAUUUAACACCAAUUGAUGGGGUAACUGCAUUGCUUCUCAAAGUUCAAAAUAAAGAUUUAUUUUCAGA